AUGCUCUUCCCCAUGUACACGGUGCGCUUAGAGGCAGUUCUGCAAAUGGUGGAAAUUGAGCCGCACGAGCACCUAAAGGCCAAAGACAUCCUUGUUGAGUUCAGCCAAGACCUCGGGAAUGCUGCAUUUGUGUCACAUCAAUGGGUGGGCAAUGGCCAUCCAGAUCCAGAUUUCAAGCAGUUUCGGGUCCUGCAGGAGGCCUUGAGGCAUGUCAUGUCGGACCUUAGUUGCAUACCGCCGGAUGUUUUCACAGAAGCUCAUGUGCCCAGCACUAAAAGCUGGCCCACCUGGAAGCUGCGUUCUGCGCCUCUCUUCAUUUGGUAUGACUGUGUUCUCGCCCAGGACUUGGGCCAAUCGCGGAAAAUUGGUUCCGUAAAGGUUCCAGAACUGGCUUCCCUGGGAACUUACUUGGGCAUCGAGGUAGAGUCGAGAUCAGCAGGUGAAGGCGAUUUCACCGUAGCUGAUGAUCGACUCAAACUGGUCAAGACUGUGCAUGAGCUGGUUCCUGGCUUCAAAGGUGAGCCGGGGCUGGAUUCCCAGCCUGUGGGACAGUUCCUCUUCCAGAAUGGAUUUGUAGCCGUUGACGAGGCUGACGCCGCUGGAUGGAAGCCUUUGCACUACGCGGCACUGCGAGGCAACACGUCACUGCUUCUGGGUCUCCUGGAGGCCAGAGCAAACAUCAAUGCUGGCACCAAGAAGGACCAGCCACUCCUGGGUCAGCCAGCUGGGUCAUCAGCGCUGAAUUUGGCUUUGGCCUUUCGGAAUAAUGAUGUGGCCCGCUUGCUUGUCGGUGCAAAGGCCAACUUCACCAGGAGGUACACAGACGCGGCUGCCGCAGCAAUGUCAAACAAUCCGGAAGGCAUCCGCAUGCUCAGCAACGCCGGCUAUGAUCUCACAAGAACGAGCUUUUUCCACCUGUCUCCGCUGGAUGUUGCCGCGGGCUUCGGUUCGCUCGAAGCUCUCGAGGAGCUGGUUGCCUCUGCUGGCCCAGCACUUGCCCGCAUGGACAUGUCCCGCGCCCUCUUUUCAUCAGCUGCCUUGCGUGGGGGGAGCGCAGCGCAAGUGCAACGCCUUUUGGAGCUGAGGGCCGACGUCAAUGCAGCCUUCUCUGUUAACUGGACCACCUGGCACGGCCUGGUGGUGGCAGUAAUGGGCCUUCGGCACCGGCUUGGCACAGGCACAGCUAUGACCAGCUGGGCGUAUCAUCUACCUGGCCAGACGCCCUUGAUGGCGGCAGUGAUGUCCGGACAGUACGAAGGAGCUGCUGCGCUUGUUGCGGCGGGCGCGCGGCUAGACCUGCGCAACUGGCACGGUUGGACCGUUUCACAUUUUGCACGCGAGAGGUCCGUGCCCGACUUCUUGAUGGAGGCAUUUCAGGGCCAGCUUGAAGGUUGCCAAAGAGUAUCCGCACUGGCUCCUGGCUAUGUAGAGGAGUGCUUCUAG